UUGGUAUCCAAGUCGGUAGUACCAGUGCAUGCUGCGCCAGCUACGGUUGCCACAUGCAAGUGCUAAGGGCGUUAUCGACGAUGGGGGUGGAAGCGUUUUUCCAAGAUCGUUUGUUCGGUGACGCACCUCCGUCGCCGACGCCCUUGAUUACGUCCACUUGUUUGCCUUCGCCCUCGCCCCUCAUGACGCCACGUGGUGGGGGGGGCACCCGCGAAGACAAACUGUUUGACCUGUUUACGACCUAUGCGAUGCUCAUUACAUGCGAAGACCCGACGAGCAUUCGCAUGGGCUAUGUGAUCAAAAUGCUGCAGGAUUGUCAAGUUGUCAUCGACUCGGUCGCGACGUCGUCGUCGUCUACGAUCGAUCCGCUUCACGCUCCACAUUGCCUCAACCAAACAUUGACCAUUCGCGACAUUGAAAUCAUUGCGUCCAAGCUUUUGCAUACGUCCACAACGUGCACCAAACUCACAUAUGACCUGUUCUUAAAGCUCCUGUGGGACAUUGCACUUCACGCCCAUCCAGAAACAUCGCCACCGUUGGCGUUUAAACUACUCGUCGAUCAAUGUGUGCAGUAUUCCCCCAAGCACAAGACAAGGAUACGCUGCCACGUGGACGACGUGUACACCCGUGCAGAAAAAGUGAUUUCGUUCUUUGAACCGAGCUUGGUCGAGAUUUUCAAGGGGUAUGCCGAUGCCACCCACAGAACGACCGCGUCGCACCGCAACAAACUGAAAGCCAAGACACAUGCCGUUCACGGUGGGGUCAACGCCCCAACUACGACAGCCAAGAAAAAAGCGUGCCCUCUCCUUCACCACAUGGCUAUGUACUUGAACUACCACGACUCGGUGGCAUUUGCAAGGCAAUUUGGCCUCGUGAGCCACGGGGGGGUAACCAUCGCCGAAUUUGCCGCCGCGUACAUCGACAGUGUCGAGAAAGCCAAGGGCUCCACGCGGCGCCAGCUCACGUUUCUCGGGUUUUGUCACUUGUUGUUGCGGUUGGCUCUCAAACUGUACAGCCACGCCCCCGUAUCUGUUUCCGUGCAGCUGAAGGCGUUGUUUCAGUUCAUGUGGCUCAACUCGCGCCCUGACACGACCAAAUUAUGUGGACAUCGGGACCUUGGCACGUCUGGUCUUCACGCAUCGGGCACGGCGGCGUUCCACGCGACGUUUCUCAAGCAAUGGAAAAAGGACCAAUUCGUGGACUACGCGGCGCAAAUUCACGCCACGGCGCCACAUCAAGUCGUUCGGAACGUAGCUAUUCGACAGGCGUUGCUGGAGCCCAUGGCUGGCUUUGCGUGGUCUCCAUAACGUUAGCGUCGUGUUGCAUCGUAUCGGCUGAAUAAAGCACGACAUUUCAAACUGUUAUCAUCCCAUGAAAACUGCAAAGUCGACGGCUGAAUGAUUGCCC